UAUGUAUAUUAUAUGUUUUUAUUAAUAUUUGUGGAAUCAUAAAAAAUUACAAUUAUAUUAUUGAUAUUUUCUACGGCUGUUAAUAGUAUAAUCUCACAACUUUAAAGGAAAUAUAAACAUAACUUGGCUGCAGGUGUUUUAAAAAGAAGUGAGCGUACUAGUCGCUUCAUUAAUUUUAUACAAUUCAGUUAUGAAAAAUGGCCGUGGUAGGCAGUGCAUUCGGAUUUGAAGACUAUAAGUAUGUGAAUAAAAAUCUUCAGAAUUUUGUUGAACAAAUGCUGAAAGGUCGACUAUUUAUGGGUAUCUACACUGAACAAAGAUAUGUACUACCCCUAAAUUCUUAUCGUCAUGUUGUUAGUAUUCCAUCAACAGAGAAAGAACUUAUUGAAGAUUUAAGUGUAGUUUUAAGAAAACUUCAGAAAAGUUGCCCUUCAGAUACUUGGAUAGGUAUAACUACCUCUGAAGUAGUUGGUGCCCCAUCACACCAUUGUGUUUGGGUUGAACUUCCACAAAAUGUUUUUGGAUCUUAUUGGUUUAAAAUUCGAGGAGUUAAUUUUACUAAAAAUGAGGUUUCUUUAAAAUUAAAAACAGUACGUAUUAUUGAAUCAACAAUAACAAAUCCUCCUAGAUCAGAACUAGAAAGCCCUGUGAAGACAUCCACUUCAGAAGAGUUGUCUUGGAAUUCAUUUCAUGAUAAUUUAAAUAAGUCGUUAAAUACCAUAAAAAUAUCCUUUUUACAGAAUUCGGACAUUUUUUUCAAGGAAGUUGCAACAUUUUCAAAUUUUGUAAAUAUAAUGAAAUUUUUAGCAGUUCUUCUGAUUACUGUGGCAACUUGCUCAGUAAAUUUAUCGAAAUUCUUAUGUGAUUUUCUGUUGAAACUUAUUCAUGAACUUUCCCAUUUUUUGCAAGUGUCAACACCUAUUUUAAUAACAAUUAUCAAUACUUUAGGUAAAAUAGUAGGGGGCUUUUAUUUGUUAAUUGCUAUGAUGUGGAGGGAUUUUUGGGGCACACCACCACCUCCAAGAACAAAUCAAUACUUGUACAGAAAACCUCUUGCAUUAUCUUACAGAUAAUAAGACUUAGUAUGUAUAUAAGGUAUUAGUUACAGGGGUAAAAGGUCAAGUACUGUAUUAAUAUUAAAAAAAUGUAAAUUGCUUUAAUAUUAAUGUGAUUUUUGUUGUGGCAACUAUUUUUUAAUGUGAUUUUUUUAAAUGAAAAUCUUAGUAAACCAUAAUUAAAUUAUUUAAAUUUGAUAUUAUUUAUGUUAUGAGUGUUACUACAAGGAUUAAUUGAGAGUCUAGAUUGUACUAACCAAGACAAAUAAAAAUAUUGAUAAAAAUCUUAUCAACACUUCAA